AUGACAUACGCUGCCGUAGGUCCCAAGCAGUACACCUCAACCGGUCACUCCCCUUGCCUGGAUAGUAAAAUGACCGGAAGUUCACUAGUGGAAGAUCCCGGAAUACCUCUUGUAGAUCGGCGGAACGGGAAGUACAACAAAUACAUGGCGGAAGACAACACAAGUCAAACCGAUUUGGUCUCUAAUUUGACGCCGGUGUCAAAAUUCGACAACAUCAGUUACAGAUUGAGUCGACGAAAGAAGCUGAUAAAACGACGCCGAUAUGUAGUAAGCGUUGAAUUUACCCUGGCUCUCUUUGGUAUUGUGUUUAUGUUGGUCGAGACGGAACUUUUUAUUCAAAAGAUAAUAACUAAAACAGAUGCCAUUUCGUUGAUUUUGAAGUCUUGUAUUUCAAUUUCAACCGUAUUUUUGCUAAUGGCUAUUAUAGCUUAUCACGUGACUGGAAUACAGCUACACAUGACAGACAACAGUUUAGAAGAUUGGCGCCUUGCAGUUUCCUUCCCGUGGACGUACCUUAAAAUUAUUGCCGAAUUACUUAUCUGCGCUAUACACCCUUUCCCAAGUAGUAUUGAAAUUCCAGGUUUAAAUCCGGAUGGAAAAACCAAAAUGGUGUCCAUUGAUCCGAUUUUAUCGAUACUAAUGCUGCUCCGCCUCUAUCUGGUCGGUAAGUUUAUGGUUGUAAACAGUCGUUUACUUACCGACACUGCUACUCAAAGUCUUGGUGCUUUAAACAAAGUCAAAAUCAACACAGCGUUUGUUUUUAAAGCACUAAUGUCAUCUAAUCCCGGAACGGUCUUGGUCAGUAUCAUGCUUGCAAUUUUAGUAGUAGAUACAUGGGCCAUGCGCACUUGUGAAGUGUAUUAUCAUCCGGAUGAGGCCCAUUCAAGCUUCUUCAAUGCCAUGUGGAUGAUUGCUAUUACGUUUCUAACUGUUGGUUAUGGUGAUAUAUACCCAAACUCAUAUUGUGGAAGAUUUGUUGCCGUGGCAACAGGGCUGAUGGGUGUCGGUACCACGGCUCUCCUUGUUGCCGUCCUGGCUUCAAAACUCGAGCAAAGUCGCGCUGAAAAAUACGUCCAUAAUUUUGUUUCACGUGCUCAGCUGGACAAACAACGGAAGCAUGCAGCAGCUGAUACUAUCAAGUAUGUCAUACAGUUGUGGCGACUUCGCCGUCAGGAUGCCGAUGACGACAGGAAGCGGAUACGAUUACACGGAAAGUUAUUGCAAGCUAUCGCUAAUAUGAGAGAAGCGAAAAAUGAAAAGGCAUGCAUUGGUGAAAGCGCGAUAGGAUUCAUUGAGGUGGCAAAAUCGAUUAGUGAGGUAAACGAAAUGGUAGAGGGAAUACAGGAAAAACAGAAAGACAUGAAGGAUAAAAUAAACGAAAUGGAAUCCAAGAUGGAUGACCUUGCCAAUAAAAUGGAUGCCGUAUAUCAUGCUAUAACGCAUAGAUAA